AGAUUUCCAUUCAUUCCGAGUUGGCAUCCAGCCCAAAGCCCUGGCUUCCCCUGAGACCCUCAGUGUGUCUACAGGACUCUAUAGUUUAGUAUUCACUGGAAGAGCUGCACUGAUGCUCCCUUGCUAGAGCUACAGGCUGCUGGUUGGAGCCAUAAGGGAACAGGAGGAAGAAUUAGGCUGUGUGUUUAUGUGGCUGUGCUCCAGUAAAUAUUUUGAUGCAUCUGCUGCCAGCUCUGGUCUAAGGGAAUCUACCUAGCAUUUAAAUCUUGAUGGGGAGCUGUUUUGAAUAAUAACAGUGCAGCUGGCUGUGACUCAGUGCAUGUGUGUUGACUUAAAAAAAACCCUCAAAGCUUAAUGCUUGCUGAAUGCCGAGCUGCAGUGCUUUGCUUUUUCCCUCCUCCUUCCUUCUUUUCUUUCUUGUCUGGUCUUUCUCUGUUUUGUUUUGUUCUUGGGGGCAUUUCUCAUAGAUUUUGUUCAUUGUCAGUGGAGGGGUGGGGUAAGAGGAAUAAAAAAAAUAUCCUAGCCAAAAGAAAUCCUCCCCAAAAACUCAGGAGUAGCUUUUGUAAUGGGUGCUGUCAUGGGUACAUUCUCUUCUCUACAAACGAAACAAAGAAGACCAUCAAAAGGUCCUGUGGAAGCCGGAGGAGUUUGGUGCAGCUGCUUUUCCAAAGUGUCUGGCAAGUGCUUCUAGAGGAUAAAAUUGAAGAUGAAUUAGAAAUGACGACAGUGUGCCAUAGACCCGAGGGACUGGAACAGCUUGAAGCACAAACCAAUUUCACUAAAAGAGAACUUCAAGUUCUUUACAGAGGAUUUAAAAAUGAAUGUCCUAGUGGGGUUGUUAAUGAAGAAACAUUCAAACAGAUCUAUGCACAGUUUUUUCCUCAUGGAGAUGCCAGCAUGUAUGCACAUUACCUCUUCAAUGCCUUCGACACUGCACAGAAUGGCUCCGUGAAGUUUGAGGAUUUUGUGAUGGCACUGUCCAUUUUGCUACGGGGAACUGUUCACGAAAAGCUGAGAUGGACAUUUAAUCUGUAUGACAUAAAUAAGGAUGGCUGUAUAAACAAGGAGGAAAUGAUGGAUAUCGUAAAAGCAAUUUAUGAUAUGAUGGGAAAAUACACGUAUCCAGUGCUCAAGGAAGAUGCACCAAGGCAGCAUGUAGAAGUAUUUUUCCAGAAGAUGGAUAAAAACAAAGAUGGAGUUGUAACUCUAGAUGAGUUUAUUGAAUCGUGUCAGGAGGAUGACAAUAUCAUGCGAUCCUUACAGCUCUUUGAGAAUGUCAUGUAACCAGAUGAGCACCGGAGGAGUCUGAUACUUCUGUGUAACAAAGAUCUUCUUUCUAGGUGAAAGAUUUUACAAUUGAGCCAUGUCCAGUGUGUGAGGAUUUUGUAUGACAUGUCCAACCAAAUGACAACUGAAUGCAACUGAUUCCACCUCUUUUCCCCGGAAGAUGCUGGUGGACUUUUGUUUCAUUUUGGAAGCAUGUGAAUAUUUUAAUAAAUCCUAUCAAGAGAGAACUGCUGCUCGAAGUUCCUUGAGUAAUACAGAGCAUUGUUUGCUAUGCACAAGUCCUGCUUUUAAUCUAGAAAGCUUAAUUUCCUAUGAUAACACAUGUUGAUAGCUAUUUAGCCAUCUGUUGCAAGUGACAGCUCAGUCCAUACCUCUGUUUAGCACAAUGUUCUGUGGAUGCCUUUGCCGUUAAUCUGCUUUGACAAAACCCGAAUCUGCCAGGGCAGCCUGUGAAAAAAUGAAUAGUCAAUGUACCUGGGACAUUAAUCAGACAGCCCAUAUAGCCAGUAUCCCCAUUUCUGCAGAGAUCCUGCUUAUCCUCUCACAUACACUGGUGCCACCACGCUGAGUUUAGUGGAGAUCUUCCUGAACAUAUUAACCAGGUGAUCUUCAUGCCAGGGUGAGUUAGAAAGGAGCAGAACGUGUUGCACAUAUUAAUAUAAAAUACAGAACAAAUCUUGUUCAGGAAUGGUAAGUUUCCAAGAGACCAGGCAGGUGCGUCAGGGCUGGUACAGAAAGAUGAACACCUGCUCUGGUCCCGUCUGCCUGCUGAGUCCCAGGGACACUAGGUGAUGCUCCACUGUGCAUCUCAGCAGCACCACGGCCAUGUGCUCUGGUCCUUUUGCUGUAGUUUGGCACACAUUUCCUAGGUUCAUCACUGGAUGUUACAGUCAGGUCUUACACCCUCUUAUUUAAGCUUUCUUGAUUGACUUAGUGAAGAGCAAAGAUGCAGCUGUGUUUCAACAUACAGACCUUGGCAACCACAAAGUGCCCAGUACAUUUGACUGGGAGUUCUUAAAUUCUUAUUAGCCUCAGAAUCAGCUCCCAGGCCCCAUAUUUUUUUCCUACAAGGCAGUAGCAAGCCUUGUAUAAGCCCCAUUUCUUUGCUAAUGCCAAAUAGAGUAUUGGUUUAGGGUUUUGGGUUUUUUUAAUUAAUAAAACAUUAAAGUUCAUGCAGUGUAUUUACACCAAGGUUGGAUGAUUUGUCAGCUAGGGAAUGUCAGAGCCUUCUGUGAAGAAGACUUUUAGGAAAGCUGACCCACCAGAGUGCCAUUGCCAUCUCCAGGCAGACAAUGGCUGAGUAGUGAAGGGAAAGAGGGAACAGCCAACUCUUCCAGCUGCUCAAACCACGCAGAUGGGACAGUCCCUGCUGUAGUGCUGCAUCACUCCCAUCCACUAAGCAUCUAUUUUUAUUGUGUUAGCACAGAAGAUAUAUUUUAAAAAUUAUCUAAGUGGAAGGUUUUUAUAAUACAGAAUAUACGGAAUUCCUCACUUCUAUAGCCCUAGUUUUAUAAAAAAUUCAUCUAUUGAAUCAUUCCUGACUACAGAAGUAGGUCUGAUCAGUCCUAGCAUAAUGAUAAUGCCAAUUCCCCAAGAUGGGGCAUUUUCCCCUUUUACUGUGCUCCUCCAUACACUUCUGUGUAGUCUUAACUUUAUUUCUUUAAGUUGUUCCCUUGUCAUCAAAAGUGCUAUUCAAGUGAAUGCAGGAAUGACAUGUCUGCAGGAAUGACACCUUAGUCCAUCUUGUUAAUUGCCUUUCAUACAAAUACCAUUAGUGUAUUCCUCCAAGAAGUGAUCUAGCAGCUCCAUGAGGGGCUGGGAUUUGCAGGAGUGAUGCCCUGCUGUGGGAAUACCUUUCCUCCAGUUGUUGGGUCAUUUAGGUUUUAUUUAACAGGCACUUCAUAAAGACAUCAGUUGUAGCUGAAAUAAUACACAGGUUACACCAUUCCUUCUUGAUUUUUCUUGCAAUCACUUUAGCAAAUGACAGAAUUUAAUAUAUUUACGAGGUUUUCUCUUCCACCAAAACUGCUUAAUCUGUUAUUCUAAGCAGUUCACUUCAGCAGAGGAAGAAGUGGCCAGGACAAUGGAAAUUAAGCAUUUGGAUCGGGCUAGCACAGUGCCUUUUUCCUCUGAUAGUCUUGCUUCAAGGGUGCUCAUGAGACGGCACAUACAUACGGAAGUGUUUGGAAUGUGCCCUUUUCGAAAGAAAACAUUAUUAGUUGCAUGAUGCCAUAGUCCUUGAAGCUAAAUUAAUUUCUGGAGUUACUGUGAUUAAUUUGGCCUCCUCUGUGUUUCCUGGCCCUGCUGGUGGCAGUUCUGUGGGGGCUGCCUUUGUCACCAGGCUGACACUGUUUUCUCUUGAGUGUGGCUCCAGUUCAGCAGCAAACAGCUGCUGUCACUGUCAGUGCAUGCUGACGUGCAUUGUUGAUCAGGGCACCAGUACUGACCCUGCACUUCUGCCAUCUCCUUUGCUGCUCCACCGUGCCUGCUUUUCACUGCCAGGAACAAUGAGGGUGCAUCAGACAGAGAGGGACAUACUGAGAGCCACACUGAGUCUGCCCUUAGAAGAUAAUGAGCUUUGAUUUGGAUCCCACUGGAGUCAGUCCCCUCCCACACGCCCCUGAUGUUCAGCCCUGGGUUGAGCUCUGUGCUUCACCUGAAGCCCACAGUAGCUGGAGGACUUGCAAGAUGUCACCCACAGUUGCAUUUUCCCAAAACUCAGAUUGCAGAAUCUAUCUGUGGCAGAGUCCUUGCCAUUGCAAACCAAAUUAUUUCCCUGUGUUUGUCCUGAUCCCACUGUUACAGCCAGAGGCUGGAAUGCACCAGUGCUUAGAACACCUCUGGGUUUUCCAUCAGCAGCAUCUGUCCAUGGCAGGUGUGCUCCAGCCAGCAGGUGAGACAUCAGUGACUGUGAGAGAGCUGCUCUCUGCAUGGAAAUGGCUUUGGGUUUGUUUUUCAUGUUUUCUGUGAAUGUUACUGUACUGUAAACUUGCCAAGCCUCUUGCUCAUAAACGGGGCUUGCAAUAUUUAUGACAAACACUACUACAGAUUUCUAAAUAAAACACACUAUGCUACUCCAGCCUCCCACCCUCCUCAGUACUCCUGCCAGUAGUCAGAAGGCAGUCAGAUUCUCUGGCAGCGCUAUCAACUGUGCACAUUUCCUGCAAGUUAUGAAUGUUUAAAUAAUGUCUGAAUCAGGACUCUGACUGUUUCACUAGUUACAAACAUUAGUUUGCAUCUUCAUGCCAGCAUUUUAUAAAGAAAGCCUUUCUAACAUGCAUUUUAGGUAACAAUUUGUUGACAAAUAGGAAUGUGAUAAAUGAUAAUGCAAAAAAAGAAAAAAAAAAAAAAAGGAAAAAAAAAAGUACCAUGCCUGUUCUGUGGCUGUUUGUUUUCCCGUUCCUCUGAAUGCAAUCCAAUAUUAUGAGUACCAUAAGCCAAGCUAAAAGCUUGAGACACAAAUACCUUGAGGUUCAGGCAUCGUGGGCCGUGGCAUUUCCUGACUGCAAUAUGUGUUGAGAACAAUCACCCUUGUGUCUGUGGGUCGCCUCUGGUGAGAUAGUAGCAGCAGUGUGUCAAAAUUUUCUUCUUCUUUAUGAAAGUCCCAUGAAAGACCUAAGGAAAUGUGCAAAUAAUGUAAAUUGUGAUAAGUAAAGCCAUGUUAGUGGAUCAGCCAUGUAUAGCUUCACUGUUGCAAAUGCUCUUCUCCGAUGGCAAUUUGUAUUCAAUUUUGUUGAAUGGUUUUAAAAAUGUUGGUUUUAAUAAUAAAAAGGAAUACCUGUAGGAGGGCAUCCUUUCUUAAACCCAAUAUGUAUUUUUUCUCAAGGGACACUGUCAGGUUAAAAAUUUGCAAUGACACUUUUAAAAGUGGGACUGAAACAUAUCUGGGGGCGGGGAGGCUGUGAAACCGUAGUAUGCUGUGAGCUAACAAUGCCAAUGAUUUAUUUGCAUGACUGAUUCAGAGGUGCUCUUACAUUUGAUGUAGUGGCAUACACUGAACUUGUGUACAGUUCAAAAAUAUUCUUCUGCCUGCACCACUGAUAGUAACUCAGGGUAGUGAAAACUGAAGGCUUACAGGCAUGACUUUUCUCUUCCACAGUUCUACUUAAGUAUAAGCAGGAAAACAGACAAUCGUGUUAAAAAAAAUGCAAACACUAUUUUAUGGUAUAGAUAAGAAAAAUAACCUAAAACAUCAGUGUCCCUUCAGCUUUGGUUUAUUGUAAGCAUCCAUUCUGACACACUGAGGAAUGCAGAAGUGAUUUUGCCAGACUAUAUGUAUAUGUGUACAUAUUAUAUAUAUAUAUAUAUAUAUAUAUAUAUAUAUAUAAAUAUAUAUAUAUAUAUAAAUAAAUAUAUAAAUAUAUAUAUGUUUGCUAAGCUCCAUUGUGUAGGGUAUUAUCUGUCUACCAGUACAUCCCAGGAAAAAGAACAUUCAUCCAUGCAGAAAUACGGAAAUAAAGGUGUCUGUGUGAAACGUGGUCUUGGUGUCACUGCAGUGCCUGCCCAGCACUCAUUCCCGCAGGGACCUCCUGUUCCCAGAGAGAGCAGGGCCCUCUGGACAAUGCCAGACUGGAAUUCUUGCUCCCUCUGCAAGAGGAAGAUGUGCUAACUGCCUGUCCAACACCUCUCUAUCCCUGGGAUGUGUCCCAGCUGCUGUCAGGCAAAGCAGGCUUGGGCUCAAAGCACGUGCGUAGGCUUUUUGUUCACUUUUUGGCUGAGAUUUGUUCAAAUGUCUGGUGAUGCCUGAGUUACUGCUGUGAUAUACUGGACAACUCUGGUUUUAUUCUGAGCCCAUCACUAUUGCAGUCUGAGCAUCUUGUCCUGCUGCUUCAGGGGUCCAGGGCAUUGCACCUGAUGGAUGGAGGGACAGUGGGGAGGGAGCAACUCUGCACUGGCCCAGGGGCUAUCUCUCACUCUGGAGUACAGUGGGGGAGCCUCAGGCAUGUGCUACAACUCAGCACAUGCAAAGUUACUUUGGAAUCUAAUAAUAGCCUUUUAUUUUUUACUGAGAUGUUAAUCCUAUAACCUUUGCUUAACCACACAGGUCCAGCAAACUGGAAAAGGAGGAGGCCCAAACAUAUUAGCACAUGAAGUCCUUUCAUCGCAUCAGAUCUGCACUGUGUGGGAUCAGGCAUGGGAGCUGCAGGAGCAGAAAUUUUGUGUGAUGGAGAGUUGGUGACAGACCCACCCCUGCUGCUUGGCCAGGAGAGGCUGGUUCUCUAUGAACAAGACCCCUGUCCCCAUCACCCUCCAGGAGGUCGGAAGUAAUGAACUGACAAUCUCCAGAGCCUCAGUGGAUGUGGUUAUUUACAGCCUGUUCUGUUAAAACUUCCCUUGUUGUCUUGCAGAGGAAAAGUCUCUCUUUCUCCAUCUGUUCUUAUAGAGACUGGGAAUUGCUGUGGGGCUCUGGCUGGAAGCCCCCACAGCAGGAAGGUGCCUCCUGAGCACAGGGUGAGUUGUCACAUUGCCUGGGUCAUUCUCCUAGGGACUCACCUGCUGUCCUGUCCAUGUGCACAGCAGCCUGUGAGGAACUUGGGGGGUAUGGGGUGAUCCACACUCCUUGUUCAGGACAAGGGCUUCUGCAAAGGGUGAACAGGGCUCCUGGUGGUGGGGAGAGGGGGAUGUUUCCUUUAGGACCUGGGACACUUCCAAAGUUUCUUGUUGGGAUUUGCACCCACAGCCAGCAGCCAUGAAAUGGAGAAGGGGAAGAGCAACAGUGCAGAGUUCUCCUCUCAGGAAUCUGCUCUGCUCUGAAGUCUGGCUGCAGGAGAUGGGCCUGGACAGUCACUGCCCUCACCCAGAUAACAAAGCACAGGAAUGAGCCUGAAUGCUCUUUGCAGCUUUGAGCUCCCUUCCCUGCAGCACAGUUUUUCUUGGGACACAUCCAAACCUAGCCCUAGUUUCCUCUGCCUCGACUGAUAGAGCACACCAGGGAUACACUGCCCCAGUGUUUUAGAGUCUGUGCUCUUUACAUUGCAGAGGAGUGAAUACAUUGAUGUUGUGAGGGAUGCAGGGGAAGAGCCCACUGCUAGUAAUGUCCAGUCAUCUUGUUGUUAAAAUGUCUGUGAAAUGUUAGUACUGAUCCAGGAUUUUCCAGAAGAACAAUAAGUUAUUUUAAAACGUUGAUUUUAAAAAAAAUCAAAGAUUGCUUUUACAAUCCCAGGGUUAAAUUGAAUUUGUUGACAUUUACACAGAAACUGAUCCAAUCUUUGUGUUCUAAUUAUCUUAUUGAUUUACUUAUAAAUCAAUAUAAAUUGAAAAUAUAUAACAGUGUAAAUAUACACGAAGAUAAAUGUCAGCACAAUGUUUUCUGUCUGAACAAAUCUUCUAAAUUGUAGAGAACUCAGAACACAAAGAUUUACCAAAACCUUGUUUUCUUCACACAGCUCAAGUUGUUAUGGAAGAGCAUUUGUCACCAAACAGUUAAAAGUAAGAAGAAUAAUACCCAUUGUGGUGGGUGAGCAUUGCACAGGUGGGAGGCACACUGUCUGUGCUGUAACUGAUAAUGAGAAAAGCUUAUUGGAAAAACCUAUCGAUGUGUAUGACAAACUGAGUUGCAAAAAUACUUGUAAAUAUUUCUCAAUUUUUGUUUCAGACUUCUAAAAAUUUACCUCACUUUAUUUGCCUUAUUUUAUUUUGCAUUAAGAUGUGAUAUCAUAAUGCUUAGAUCUUGAAGAACAUCUACUACAAACAAGUUACUGAAUUGCUUUUGGUUCCUUUGGUAUUCAAAUGAUCAAACUAUGCACAAACAAAUGAGAUACUUUGAAAGGCAAGGAAGGCAAGAGAUUUCUAUCCCAGCAAUACUUUGUAGUGAUUUUACCAAUUAAAUAAAAUGAACAGAAUAUCAAA